AUGGCGGACAGAUUCCCAUCUUUGGAGGACUUUGACUCUGGUGCCCAGACGGACAUCAAAAAUGCGUCGCUAGAGGCGACUAGCGACGACUUCCUGGCCCGCGAGCGGGCCAUUCUCGGCGACGAUGCCAACCAGUUUGUGACGGCUGCCGAUACGGCAACAUUUUCGGCUGACGACGAUCUGCUGGGAGGUGAUGGUGAUGCUGCAGAGGCGACCCAGUUUGAGAGCAGCUUCCCGGACCUAUCCGCUCAGAACCAGACGACGACAUCGAUCACGGGCCCUUCAUUGGAUUUCAAGUCGGGCUACACGGCUACAGUCGAGGACGAGGAGGAGCCCGAGGUGAUCCGGGCGUGGCGGCAGCGGCGCGACGAGCAGAACGCCAAGCGGGCGGCGCAGUUUGCGCAGCAGCGCGCCGAGACCGUGGCCGAAGCGCAGCGCAACAUUGACGACUUUUACGACAACUACAACAACAAGAAGGACAAGGUGAUUGGGCAGACGCGCAAGGACGCCGAACAGUUUCUGGCCAACCGCGACGACGUCACCUCGGGUGGCACCAGCUGGGAGCGCAUCGCCAAGAUCGUCGACGUCUCCGGCAAGGGCGCCAAGGGCGGCGCCUCCGGCUCCGGCAAGGAGCGCUUCCGUGAGCUCCUCGUCAGCCUGCGCAAGGACGAGAAAGCGCCGGGCGCCGAGGGUUACUAG